UAAUAAUAAUAAUAAUAAUAAACAGCAGCUAGUUUUGGAGAGUUUAUUGCCACAUCCAGUGCUAAAUGCAUACGUGGAUCAUCUUACUAAAUUUUCUGAACUCUAUAGAGUAAGUGCUAUUAUUGGAGAAAGAAACUGAAGCUCAGAAUAACUUGCUCAGGGUCAUACAGAACCAGGGCCUGAAUCCAGCAAAGCUCUUAACUACCUCAGAACACUGCACAGUUCCAGCCCUGCUAUACUAUAGUCCAUGAAUGAUUUCGAUUUCACUAAGUUAGAAGUUUGAAUUUCAGCUGAGCAGAGACACUUUAGCUAAAAGGUAAAAUUUUUUAAAGGAUGAAUUAAGAGAAUUUCCCACAGACAUCUUUAUAAUAAAACGAGGGGAAAAGCCUCCCAUGCCCUAUUUAUGAAAGUGAUAUUAAGGUGUGGGUCCCAAUUUUGUCAAGAAGUGGCUUAUGACAAUACAGCUUUGGUUUAGAUAUUUAAAUAGGACUCUUUCUCUGCCCCUAGGAGGACGUGGAAAUGAAGGAUGGAUGUGAUAACUGUCAAUUCAGAACUCUGCAAAAUGCCAGACUCAAUUCUUGUUUUAAGAAGAGCCAGGGCUCUUGUUCCACCCUGGAUUCUUCACACAAAACAGCACCAUCCUCUGACCUCUUCACACAGAGCAAGCUUUACCCCACUACCCAAAGGGGAGUGCUGAUCCACGUGGUCUCCCCAUUCCCGCUAGAAAUUGAUCCCAAACACCAGCCGCUGCACAGACGUAGGCUACUUUGGUCUGCAACCCCCGAACUUGGUAAUACCUCAUCAAGCCGACCCCUCCCCAACAUUCAAAAUGCCCAGACCACCAUCCGAAAGCCAGUCUCUUAUACAAAGGAGAAUCCCUGCCUACAAAGUAGUUUUCCACCUCCGACUCCUCCCCACAGCGAACAGCCCUUCUGGAUCCAACUAACAGGAUCCACAAUCCAGAGGGUUCACAAUCCAGAGAAGGAGCUAGAAGCCCUGUUACUCGCAAGUCUCGAGCGCCCAACUCCAACUGACCUUCCCUCUGCCAGAGCAAGAACACCACGAGUACCCGCCGAGAGCGAACCUGGCUACACAAAGCCAGGCGCCCGACCAGAAGGACCCUCGGGGAUGCCCUCCGCCCCUGGGGCUUCCCCGACCAGCCCCGCCCGGCGCCCCGCGCUCACCAGCUCUCCUCCCCCUCCUCCCAGCCUGACAGACGUUCCAGCUAGUCCAGCAAGCCGCCCUCCCCCGCCGCCAGCAAGGAGGUGGCGUCCCGCAGCUUCUGGUUACUCUUCCGCCUCGGGUACAUACGGCCCCGCCGCCCGACUCGGCGCUGAGGCCCAAGGGGAAGCCCCGAGGGGACCCGGCGCCGUAGGAGGGAGUAGAGGCGCUGGCGAACCACAGCCGGGCCGAUGGAGCCGGGGCCCCGCACAGCGCGAGCGGCUCCUCAGCUGUUCGUGCUGCUUCCCCAGCUUCUUCACCGGCUCCAGCAGCUUCCGCACCUCUUGGUCCGCGUUCACGUUGGAGUUAACGUCCAACAUCCCGGCCCGGCUGCCUCAGUCGCCCGCCGCCCACUCACUCUCGCAGCAACAGGGAAAGAGCCGGAGGAAAGAGGCGUCCCCGCCGCUCACUCCAGCCGAAGCGCCCGCAUGUAGCAGGGCCAGGCCCCGCCGCCAGGGUCCCCCCGGCGCGGGUCCCGAAGUGCCGCUGGCGCCAGCCGAAAGGCCUCCUCGGCGCCGGUCCGGGUUUCAGGGAGGCAGCACCAAUAUCUGGCCUCUGCCGCCAUCGGCCCUCCGCGCCCCCGAGGGUCGGCCCUGUAAGUGACCUCAAAGCGUCGGGGGUGGGCGUGGCCGCCGGCGGGCGUUGAGAGAACCCGGCGCAGAGAGGAUCACCGAGCUCCCGACAGGGCGGGGCCAGGUGUGUGAGGGGCGGGGAUUGGGCCAGGAGGGGCGUGUCCGGACUGCUGGCUGAAGUGGCGCACUACUGGACCCGCGACUGAAAGUCCCUGCGGUCCCGGAGGCGAGCAGAAGGUAUGCCGCGAGCCGGGCCGAGGUGGUGAACAUGGUCGGCUUGUGGUUCCCACGGGCCAGUCCCGCCCGACUCCCGGCCGGAUCUCGAGUGGGCACUCAACGGGUUCCGGGGAGAGACAGUUAACUUUGUUCAGCAAAUAUUUAACCGAUGCCUACUUUUAAUUAGAGAUUGUCUCCGCUGGCGGGAGCCUCAGAGACAGCGUGUGUCCUCUUUCUUCACCUGAAAGAAACCCAAAUUUCAGACAAUUAAGAGAGGUCUAAGUUAAAAAUAAUAAUCAUAAUUUCUUCCUACUGGCCAGAUACUAUGCUAAGCCCUUUUUUUAAUUAUUAUUUUUUAUUUUUGUCGCCCAGGCUGGAGUGCCAUGGCGCGAUCUUGGCCAGUUGGAUCGAGUAUUUUCCUAGCUAUACAGACCUAGUCAAAGAACGUAUUUGUUUGCCAACGUAAUUGUCAAGUAAUAUAUAUUAUCUAUAUAAUGGACAUCUAAAAAUCAUUGCUGUUGCUGACCAGUCUAAACUUGUUGCCAGAGUGUUGAAAAUCAUGACUACUGGCCAGUCACGGUGCCUCACGCCUGUCUGUAAUCCCAGCACUUUGGGAGGCCGAGAUGGGCAG